UCAUCUCCAGGCGACACCGGUUACCACAUUGCUGAUGAGGACCAGCUAGGUUAAUGCCGAUGUUGAACUUAACAAAACUGACACUUUGUGAAGUGUUAUUGGUUUUAUGUAAAAUUAGUAAACAUUGAGAUGUACUUAUACUUUAAUAUUUAAUGUUUAAUAUUGAUUUCCUGCCGUUCUUUUGAUGACAACAAGCCAAAAUUAAGUGAGUUGGUCUAACCGGAGUCGCUGCCUGUUCGAUCUGCAGAAAUAUUUCACCACUAGAAGUCUUUAAUCUCGACCUCCGGAAUGAAGUGUCAUUACGAGGUGCUGGGUGUGAAGAGGGACGCAGGAGACGAUGAGCUGAAGAAGGCCUACCGCAAAUUAGCUCUCAAAUGGCAUCCAGAUAAGAACCUGGAGAACGCAGAGGAGGCAGCGGAGCAGUUUAAACUGAUCCAGGCAGCGUAUGAUGUUCUCAGUGACCCACAGGAAAGAGCCUGGUACGAUAACCACCGGGAGGCGCUGUUGAAGGGCGGAGUCAGCGGAGAGUACCAGGAUGACAGCAUCGAUCUCCUGCAGUACUUCACUGUAACCUGCUACUCGGGUUAUGGAGAUGACGAGCAGGGCUUCUACACGGUGUACAGGAACCUGUUCGAGUCCAUCGCGGAGGAGGAACUGGAGCACAGUAAAGAGGAGGAUGACGAGUGUGAUUAUUUCCCCACAUUCGGAGACUCUCAGAGUGACUACGAUACGGUGGUGCACUUGUUCUACGGCUGCUGGCAGAGUUUCUGCACCCGGAAAAACUUUGCGUGGAAGGAGGAGUACGACACUCGGCAGGCCUCGAACCGCUGGGAGAAGAGAGCCAUGGAGAAAGAGAACAAAAAGACGCGUGAAAAGGCGAGGAAGGAACGCAGCGAGCUUGUGCGCCAACUAGUGGCCUUCGUUCGGAAACGAGAUAAACGAGUGCAGGCUCACAGGAAGCUGGUGGAGGAGCAGAAUGCGGAAAAAGCCAGGAAGGUGGAGGAGCUGAGGAGGAAGCAGAAACUGGAGCAGGCUAAGCUAGCGGAGGAAUAUAAGGAGCAGAAAUGGUCUGCGAUGGCUGGACUGGAGCAGGAGCUGCAGCAGAUGGAGCUUCAGUACGGACGAGAGUUUGGAGACACAGAGGAAGAGCUCGAGGAGGACAGAGCGGAGACAGAUGCUGUGGAUGGCUCUGAAGAGAUGGACGACAUUUACGAUGAUCUUUACUGUCCUGCCUGUGACAAAUCCUUCAAAACUGACAAAGCGAUGAAGAACCACGAGAAGUCCAAAAAGCACAGAGAGAUGGUGGCUCUGCUCCGGCAGCAGCUCCAGGAGGAGGAAGAGUCACUGAGUCUAAACUCGGCAGAGAGAGACGGCGAGGAAGAGGAGGAUGAAGAGCAGGAAGAUGAAGAUGAGGAGAGGGAGGAUGCACCCAGACAGAAGUUGUCAAAGAAACAGAAGAAGAAGAAGCGACAGCAGAAAAACAUGAAUAACUUUCCAGAAGAACCAGCAGCUGAGAGUCCAGCUCCAGACUCCACAGAUGACAUCAUCACUCCUCCUAACCAAUCAGGAGAUAAAGAGGAAGACCCGGCCGGCUCCGAGGAGGCUGCGGAGGAGGUGAAGAAAGACGGACCUGAACUCAGUAAAAGCUCUGGAAAGACGAAAGGCAAAAAAGCUGGAAAAGACUCCAAAAAGAGCAACAGAGCCCAUGGAGGUGGAGACGUCAACCAAGAGCAGAAGGAGGGGAACCUGCGCUGUGUGAUCUGCCAUUUUGAAUUCACCACCAGAAACAAACUGUUUGAUCACCUGAAGACGACGGGUCACGCCGCAGCGCUGCCGUCCAACGCCGCCAUGAACACCAAGAGCAAGAAGGAGAAGAGGAAGAACAGAUGACCAGAGCAUCAUCAUCGCCAUUAAUAUUAUUAUUACUAUCAUUAAGACUGAAGCAGCUUCUCAGUGGAAAGAGUUUUAUGGAGAAUCCAUCAGCCAGGACAUGUGUGUGUGUGUGUGUGUGUGUGUGUGUGUGUGUACCUUCUACUCCAGCAUGCUCAGCCUACAAGCUGUUUUUCAGGACUUGCCAGAUUUAUGCAGAUAAAGAACAGCACACAGGACUGUAACUCGAGCGCAUGCUUCACAGCGCACACAUUUUCUCUCCGUGAGAGAAAGUAGAAGUUAAAAAUAGAAAAAGAGAAAAAAUCAUUUUUGUUGCUACUGUUCAUAAAUAUGUGAUUAUAAAAUGAGAUCGUGAGUGAAUCCAUUAAUGCCUGUGUUUAAAAAGUACCCAACAAUAACAAUAACGUUGCUAUGGUAACAAAAUGAAAAUCUGUUUUUGCGUUAAUGUGGUCGUUUGAUGAAACCAAAUCUCCAGUUUGAAACAGGCUCAAAUUUAAGUCGGUGUUUCAGGAUGAGACGAGAAAACAUAAUGUUAAAAAUCGAUCUGAUCUCUUUUCCACACUCAUUAAAAGUGUCCUUAGGUCAAAAAUG